GAAAGAAAGAUCACUGCAGUGUGGAAUGUGGCAGAGAAUUCUCUAACAGGAGUGCUCUUCAGAAACACACGAGAGUUCACACCGGAGAGAAGACAUAUUGCUGUAAUGAAUGUGGUAAACAGUUUUCACAAAAAGGCCAUCUUCAUAGCCACACGAGAGUUCACACUGGAGAGAAGCCAUAUUGUUGUAAUGAAUGUGGCAAACAGUUUUCACAUAAAGAUAAUCUUCAGAAACACAAGAGAGUUCACACCAGAGAGAAGACAUAUUGCUGUAACGAAUGCGAUAAGCAGUUUUCACGGAUGGACAGUCUACAGAUACACAAAAGAGUUCACACCGGAGAGAAGCCAUAUUGCUGUAAUGAAUGUGGCAAACAGUUUUCACAAAAAGGCAAUCUUCAGAUACACACUAGAGUUCACACCGGAGAGAAGACAUAUUGCUGUAAUGAAUGUGGCAAACAGUUUUCACAUAAAGACCAUUUUCAUAUACACAUGAGAGUUCACACCAGAGAAAAGACAUAUUGCUGUAAUGAAUGUGGUAAACAGUUUUCACAGAUGGACAGUCUACAGAAACACACGAGAGUUCACACUGCAGAGAAGCCAUAUUGCUGUAAUGAAUGUGGUAAACAGUUUUCACAGAUGGACAGUCUACAGAAACACACGAGAGUGCACACUGGAGAGAAGCCAUAUUGCUGUAAUGAAUGUGGUAAACAGUUUUCACAGCUGGACAGUCAUCAGAAACACACUAGAGUUCACACUGGAGAGAAACCAUAUUGCUGUAAUGAAUGUGGGAAACAGUUUUCACAAAAAGGUAAUCUUCAGAUACACACUAGAGUUCACACUGGAGAGAAGACAUAUUGCUGUAAUGUAUGUGGCAAACAGUUUUCACAAAAAGGCAAUCUUCAGAAACACACGAGAGUUCACACCGGAGAGAAGCCAUAUUUCUGUAAUGAAUGUGGUAAACAGUUUUCAGAGAUAGGCAGUCUACAAAGACACACAAGAGUUCACACUGGAGAGAAGCCAUAUUGCUGUAAUGAAUGUGGUAAACAGUUUUCAGAGAUAGGCCAUCUACAGAAACACACGAGAGUUCACACCGGAGAGAAGCCAUAUUGCUGUAAUGAAUGUGGUAAACAGUUUUCACAAAAAAGCCAUCUUCAGAGUCACACAAUAGUUCACAACAGAAUAAAAACAGUAGCAGUUCAAAAAUCAUUCCAAAAAAACAAGAACCCUUCAGGACUCAAGAGUGAGGUUGAGUCCUGUCCUGAAAAGUAAGCAAACUAAACUAUUGUUUAGAAAUGAAUCUCAAAGAGAAGCCAUAUUGCUGUUUGGAAUGUGGCAAACAAAUCUGUCAGAGCAGUACACUUCAGAGAAACACCAGAAUUCCCACAGGAGAGAAGUACAACUGAACUGUCCUGACUAAAGAGUGAGGUUCACUCCUGCCUGGACAGUAAGCACAUGUAACUGACACAAAUCCAUCCUACUUAGUGUUGUUGUUGUGUCAAAAACAAAUCAACAUGGAGGAGACAGAGAAGUUUAUAUCCUUUUUCCUUUUCUAGAAACUAAAUAAAGAACAGGGCGUCAUACAAACGGCUUCUCAUCAAAGCCCCUACAUCCUCCACCAUGUGCCUAGCUCUGUUUUCAUAACAUACGUAUUACAUAUAGAACUAUUUACAAUAUAUUAUACACAUUUCAUCAGAAAAAAGAAAAAAUAA